CAAAUCUCUCCUCAUUUCAUGCCUUUACCAAAUUCCCUCCUCCCGCCUCCUCCUCCUUUGUGCCUGCCUGCCAGUAGCCUCUCUCGGGCCGCGUUGGGCAGGAUCCACAUCCCGCUGUUGGCGUUUAUCGGAUGGGGCUCUCAGUUUGAGCCGGAGGGAGGAGGGGGAGAAAGAUGAACGGUAACCCGUGUGGCCGCAGGCUGGCCCGGCGCUCCAGGUCCGCCCUGCUGCUCGCUGCUCUGGCGGUUCUGCUGGUCCAGACUCUCAUCGUGUGGAACUUCAGCAGCUUGGACUCUGCUGGUAGGAACCGGGAGGAGAGAGAAGACCGAGCAGGGGGACUCAACAAGGCCGACAGGGAGCACCCGCGGACGGGGCUGAAAAGGAAGGGCGACCCGCCGCCGCCGCUCGGAAGGGCGGCCGUUCGGCACAAGCUGCAAGCGGAUGUCUACCAUUCCCACCGCCCCAAAGAGAAACGUCGCCUGGACAGCAACAAUAACGAGAACUCAGUCCCCAAAGACUUUGACACUGUUGACAGCAACAGCAACUUGGGAGCGCGAGCCCAACCUCAACGGACGCCACUCGGAAAUGUCAAGCACAAGCUAGAUAUGGGCCAAGCACAGAGCAUUCUGGGAAAAUCUGCUAACGAGGUCCUCAAUUACCAUGUAAUCCAACCCAGAGAGAUAGGUCACAAUCACAACCGCACCUACAUCCUUAAAUCCCACCCCCAGCUGCCGACUGUCCCAGCUCCAGUCCAGAGGUCCAAUCAGGAUCUGUCUUUCUACCGGUCAAAGAAAUCGACAAGUUCACUGCCACCUGGUUUGAAACUGAAGAAGGAGCUGCCGCAGUGUGAGAUAAGCGGGAAGGAAGCCAUUUCAGCUCUGUCAAGAGCCAAGAGUCGAGAGUGUCGGCUGCAGAUAGUCGAGGUUUACUGCAAACACAAAGAGAGUAUGUUGAUGCCUGAGAAAGUGGUUCGGUACUGCCCCAUAGAAGGUAAGGCUAAUGUGAACAUACAGUGGCAUGAGGACCCCUCAGAUACUGCCCCAUCUGCGCCUGUACGGAUUGCCUACGUCCUGGUCGUCCAUGGCCGAGCCUCGCGUCAGUUGCAGCGUCUCUUCAAAGCCAUCUACCACACUUCCAACUACUACUACAUCCAUGUAGACCAGAGGUCCAGCUACCUCCACAGAGAGGUUCUGUCUCUGGCCAGCCAGUAUCCAAACGUCCGGGUCACCAAUUGGCGGAUGGCCACAAUCUGGGGCGGGGCCAGCCUGUUGACUAUGUACCUGCGCAGCAUGAAGGACUUGCUCAAAAUGGCCGACUGGUCCUGGGACUUCUUCAUCAACCUUAGUGCUGCUGAUUAUCCCAUCAGGACCAAUGAACAGCUGGUGGCUUUCCUGUCCAAAUACCGCAACAUGAACUUCAUCAAAUCUCAUGGCAGAGACAACGCACGUUUUAUCCGUAAACAGGGUCUAGAUCGUCUCUUCUACGAGUGUGACACUCACAUGUGGCGGUUGGGGGACCGCAAGAUUCCAGAGGGCAUUGCGGUGGAUGGAGGCUCUGAUUGGUUCCUGCUUAACCGGGCCUUUGUGGAUUAUGUGGUCAACUCCAAAGACGAACUGGUCAGCAACAUGAAGCGCUUCUAUGCUUACACUCUGCUGCCUGCUGAGUCAUUUUUCCACACUGUGCUGGAGAACAGCGCCCACUGUGAGACCAUGGUGGACAACAACCUGAGACUUACCAACUGGAACCGCAAACUGGGAUGUAAAUGCCAAUAUAAGCACAUCGUGGACUGGUGUGGCUGCUCACCAAAUGACUUCAAGCCCUCAGAUCUGCCGCGCUUCCAGCAAGUGUCCAGACCCACCUUCUUUGCCAGGAAGUUCGAGGCCAGUGUCAGUCAAGAAAUUAUCAGUCAGUUGGACUCCUACUUGUUUGGAGAAUAUGCCUCAGGCACCCCAGGCCUCCAGGCCUACUGGGAAAACAUCUUUGAGCAAGAAACGGAUGGCCCUGCCAGCCUGUCAGACUCCACACUCAGCCACUAUCACGCCUUUGCUCGUAUGGGACUGUCCCGUGCUGCUAGCUCACUGCAGGGCCAUCCCAAAGACAACAGCUGCAGGUACAUGGCCAUGAGCCACCCAGUGUCAGUCCAUCUCUACUUCCUGUCAGACCAGUUCCAGGGCUACCUGGUGCAUCAUGUCGCCACUAACCGGGCCUCCACACAGCUGGAGAGGUUGGAGACCUGGGUAACGCCAAGAGACCACUUCACCCUGGCAAGCCCACCUCACCCCACCAACAGGCUGCAACACAUCCAGGUUGGGACGGAUUGGGAUCCUAAGGAGCGUCUCUUCAGGAACUGGGGUGGUCUGCUAGGGCCUGAGGACGGGCCAGUGGCUGUGCAGCGUUGGAGCCGAGGCCAGAGUAACCUGACGGUCACUGUGGUGUGGAUUGACCCCACCAACGUCAUCGCCGCCACCUACGACAUCCUAGUGGAUGCCGCUGCUGGGCACACCCUAACGCCGUUAACCCCGCCACUGAGGCCCGGCAUGUGGACGCUGAGGGUUCUUCACCAUUGGAGCACAGUGGGUCAGACCAAUUUUAUCGUGGCUCCACUGGAGUUUCACCGACAACAGCCCAUACAGCAAGAGGAUGCUAUGCGACUGCACAAUGGCCCGGCCAGAAACUCCUACAUGGAGCAAAGUUUCCAUGGCCUGAACCCAGUACUGCGGCUUCCGGUGAGCCUGGGUGCUGUGGAGGAGGCUGAGGCCAAUGCCGGCCUGACAGGGGAGCCACUCCAUCGCUGGCUGGACCGACUGCUGGAAGGCCACUGGUCCGCCUCAGAUGUCUGCUCAAUGGGCCCAAGUGCUUGUCCUGUUAUGCAGCGAUGCCACCUCACUGUCUGGAGCUCCGCCAGCCCCGACCCAAAAUCUGAACUGAUGUUGCCCAAAGAGAAUGGACGAAUCAGGUAGCAGACGGCCGGACUGACGCAGGAGAAGAGAACAAAUCAAGGAAGGUGCAGGGCUGAUGUCUUUUUAGUGUUGGAUAUUUAUUUAUUUAUUUAAAGUUUGUGAACAACAGUGAGGUGGGGGUGAAAGAAAAGGACGGAACUUCAGAGGCAGUGACGGGAGGAAGGGGAACAGACUCAGACACUGAGGAGGAACAUGUUCCUUCAGUUUUCAUUCAGUCUGCUGCCCUCACCGAUAUUUGGGACUACAAAGCUGUGUGUGUUAGAACGACUAUACCUCUUGUUGCGCGAGUGUGUUGAACAUGUUGAGAAGCUGAAUACUUAUAUGGUUGCAUAUUUUUAUACGGAGCCCCCAAAUUGUCAUAGUGAUGAUUUUUUUUUUCUGAUCUUCUUUUGCAUUUCCAAAAAUGGAGUACUGCAAGAACAUACUGAAAAUAUGAAACCAGGUCUUACAGUCCUGUAGGUUCAGCCCUAUCUGUGGAUUCUGUCAUCUGCUACUAGAUGCAGCUCUUAUGAUGAAAAGACUGAUCAAAAAUACCAUCUCAAAAAUGUGCUGUAUACACAAGUUAGCUUCAUUCUCUUGGAAUAACCAGGUGUGAUCAGGUCACACGUUGCAUGCAUCAUACACAUCUCAGUCGCAUGUUUGAUCACAAAUGAAAUCGACAGCCUCCUCCAGAUUAUAGUAACCUACUGCUUUCUUUUAGAAAGUCCUUCAGUCUACUUUGUUUUCUUUAGUUAGCUUUCACUAAUUACAUAACCAUACUUAGUACUGAGCAGUAAUAUUGUUUCCAUAUACUUAAUGUCAAGUUAUGAGCAGACCCAUAGCUACCGUGGUGUCGCACUAGGCAAAAAGUAUUGCGAGAGAAUGCAAAAGAAGAUCAGGGGGAAAAAAAUGUUCACCACUAUGAGCCUUAGAGGGCUUCAUACGUUUUGGGCCUAUUAUCUUUAUACAGUUUUUAUGAUCAAGACUUAGUUUCAUAGUACUCAUUACUUUUUCUUUUUUUUUUAAAUUUAGGACUGUUAUUCCUGUAGUUAAAUUUUAUUCAAGGUUCUCAUUGUUUGAUGCAGUCUUCCAGUCAGAGAACUCCAUGAAAAUUACUUUAUAAUAUCCGAGAGGGUAACGUUGGUCCUGGAAGGCACAAUGACAGGUUUCCCUAACAUUCAUGUUCAAUUCGGAGAUAAUGGACCUAAAAAUAAGUUAUUCACAACCACAGAUGCUCUCAUAGCCUAGUAAGUAUCGGAGGGCUCUGAUAGCCUGCUCCCUCAAAUUUUAUGUUUUGCACACAGUCUAUGUCUUUGUCUGGUUUUUCAUAGCCCUAAAUUAAACUAGAAACUUUAAAAUUAAAAGUAUAAGAUUUUACUCUAUACAGGUACCUCAGAAUUUUACUCAGAUAUAGUAUUUGAGUAAACCACCAGUGCAGACUACCUUUGAAAAUUUCUCCUUUCACGCCAUCUGGCUGUGUGUCUAUUUAUUUCUGUGCCAUGUCUGAAUCCUUCAGACCACCUGAGACAUCUGCUGUGCUGGAACUCAGAAGAAAUUCACCUCCUCUCCCUUUUUUUUCCUCUUUGCUGUAGAAACGGAUGUGAUAGUGUCAAAGUGUACAGCUGCUAUAUGAGUAUUUUAAGUUUUUUCUAAGCCAGUGAUUAAUAUUUUAUAUGCAGAAUUUUUGUGCAAUAGGUGAGAUAGGUUUUGACUUGUCUGCUCUCAUUUCACACUACAGAUACAAGGAUAUUACAACCACGGUGCUUAAAGUACAGCUAUUUUUUAUCAUCACUUUGUUAUUUAAACUAUAAAAUAUCAAAAAUACAGCAUCUAAUACCCCUCAACACCUAGCGGAGCACAAGCCCUGAAAAUGCAUAUGUGUAAAAUUAUAGUUUAUUAAACUAACUGCAAAGUUUAUAUUCUGUGACUCUACAAUCAGUGAUUGUUUGGAAAAUUUGUAUUUAAUGUUCACUGUUACACAACUAUUUAAUAUUCCUAUAUUAAUUUCAUGUGUAAAUAACCAGAACAGUGGUUAAAAGCAAUGAUUUUGAACAACUUUUCUUGGUUUGUGUAUUUAAAUAUUGAUUAUAUGUAUUGAUUUAUUGAUUUGUUAGUCUCAUAUAGCAUUUCAUGCUGACUUUUUCCAUUUCUGAAUUUUGAAUCAAUUUUCUUCCAUACAAAGUAACAUUACUUCCUGUAAGUUAAUUUUUGGAUUUAGUGGCAGGAGAGGAGGCUGUAUAACAUAACAUAGAUGCACCUUAAGAUUUCCAUGCUGCUUAGUGAAGGACAUUGGUCAGAGACAGUUGGCCAAACAAAUGUCUAUAUCAAGACUGGGUUGCACCAGUAAGAAAAGUUAUACUGACCAGUAAUGCAUAAUACACGAUCCUCAGUAAUUCAACUAAAGUGGUGGCCAAUAUAAACAAAAAAACCUCUGACAUUUUUAAAAAGGCUUUGCCAAUAUUUUUAUAGGUAGGACAAUGAUUCAGUAUAUGUUUGGCUUUGAGAAUUCACAGUGGACUUUAGGGAGGAACCACCGAACAUAGACAUUGUUAAUUCACAAAAACAGCUUCAAAAGUUGAUGUUAUUUCUGGUUUUACAUCUUGCAGAAUUUCACAAUAUGUAACAAAAAAUGCUUCUGGAAAGAAUUGCCAGCCCUGCCUUUAAUUUCAGCCGAGCUGCAUGAGAUGCAAAAGACAAUGCCGAAUUUUAUUUUAACAGGCUAACAGUGACACGAUUAAAGCAACAUUUUCUUCUGUCACGAGUUUAUGAUCAGACCAACUCAAGUCUAAAAUGAAACUACAGUCAACAGCUAGUUAGCAUUAAAUGUGGAGACUUGGUAAAACAGCUAGCCUGGCUAUGUCCAAAAAGUGCAACUAUAGUACUAGCACCACUAACAGUGGCAGCAAGACUCGAGGAAGUCACUACACCGAGCCACAAAAAAAAAGCCCUAGUUCAACACAUAACCCAGAAAUCUGUCGUUUUUACACAAGUAGAACAUGUUCAUUAGUAAACUUAAAAGGUUAUAGAAGGUGGCUUCUGCUACCACUGCACAGAACCAGUUUCCAGUUUCCAUGCUAAGCUAGCCUUUUAGACAUGUAUCAAUCUUACUGAACUCUCAGAAAGAAAGUACUUCUCAAAAUAUCCAAAGUUAAAGUAACUUUACAAACAAUGUUAAUCAUAGAUAUAUCUAGAAAUUGCAACUUUAAUACUAAGUGGUGCAGGGUAAUCCAGAAUUAAAUUCUCAUCCUUACUACUGAAAUCUAUUCUUAGUUCUAUUGUUCAUUAUUAUAAAAACUAAUAGUUUUGGGAUGAUCGAUUUGAGUGUAUAGUUGCUAUAUUCAAUAUUAUUAUUAAUGAAACCAGUGGAGUUUAUCACUGAUGGUGAAGGUCAGAAUAAAUCAUUAAUGUGACUGUCAGCACUUAGCAUAAGGACACAAAGAGUACAUCAUAUUUAUUCUAGAAAUGACUGGCUGUUAUACAUAAUUCAUUAUUAUUUGAAAUAAUGGCUACAUGGUGCAGAUUUUUAAGAAGUUAAUGAGCACAGUUGGUUGGUAUUACUGGGUUUAACCCUGACAGAGCCGUUCUCUGCUGAGCUGUACGAACAGUAGAGCAGCAGUGUAUAGGGCCAAAGCGUGCCGACAGCAUAACAUCAGUAACUCACUGCCACUGUAUUAAGGACUGGACAAAAUACAAAAGGUGUGAAACUAUUUAAUGUUAAUAAGUGUGUUUAGUUACAGGUCUAAUCCAACAGUGAAGUUUCCAUCAUCACAUUUCACACCUAUUGACAGAUUUCUAGACGUUCUGACAUGUCAGUCAUAAAGUUUAAAAACAUUAACAUCUUCCACACUUUGACCCAAUCUGACAAGUCUUUGUUUGAUAUCACAGUAGUUUAGCACAGUCUCAAAAAGAUCCUAAACAUUAUAACUUUAUGAAAGAUACAAGAAAAAAAAAAAGAGACAGCUAAGUCAUCUUUUAUUUUUUUGUUCCCACUUGAGGUAAAUGCCUUUAAUUUGAGCCAUUCAAUGUCCAGUGUGUAUUUUCUAUUUGAUGAGUGAAUCUAUGUGAAUCAGUAUUGUGUAAAAUUCCUACUUGAUGUACAGUACAGAAAGGUCCAGAAUUUCAUUUGGGUAAAUGUUCUAAUAUUGAAGGAAACCCCCAACUGAGAGGUUUGUUCCUUAGAUAAUUUUUGACGGGUUUUUUUUUUCUAGCAUCAACCUCUUUUGGCUUUUGUUUUCUCAGUGCCAUCUCUGUUUUGUUAACUGUAUGUUUUUGCUUGCUUUUCCUGAUUUUUCCCUUUCUAGGGGUAGUGUUGUGCCUUAGCCAUACUCCUGUUUUAGGAAGCCCUCUCUGAAAACAUCAAAAGUGUGUCAAAUGUCCAAAUAAAGAAACAUUUGUUGGGAGGCCUUAUAAAUGACCAUAGUGGUACUGAAAUACAGUUUUGGAAAUAAAGCAACCUCCUUUUACUUUGCUGUCAUGCAACUUAUUUGACAUUCAUGUUUUAAAAGUACAGGUAUUGUUGAGGCAAGGUC